AUGCUGGACUCGGAAUACGCAGGUCCAAGAGACUACUUCUUUCUUAGCUCUCUUUCCAUACAUGCUUUCAACACCGUGAGGAUGCUGAUGCUACCUUUUCUUAUCUCCGGCCUGAUGGCUUCAGAGUCUAUGGCUGGUACCAUACAUAGCAGAAGUCCGUCUGGGCAUUAUUGUGGUACUCGGAGCCUCAGCCUGGAGGAGAGCGAGCUGCUGAAGCGGCAGGCCCCUCAGCCUGAUCACGGAGGACCCAUUAACUUGGGCUUCGUCAUGCAUUUCUGCUGCAACGGGAACCAAAACUGUCCUUCUAAUGACGUCGCCCAAGAGACCGUUGACCAAAUGAACACGAUUUUCAAGGUGACGGGGAUAAAUUUCAACCUUGAAAAUGUUACGCACAUUAGCAACAGGCUCUGCAAUGCUGGCUUAGACAAUGACCAGGCUAUUGAUAUGAUGAAGUCCGAGAUUCGUCAAGGCAACACGAGCACCCUCAACAUUGUAUACGUGCCGACAAACCAGGGGGCCGGAACUAAGGGCAAGUGCAUUUUGCCGCCACCCAGCGCCCCCAUUUCCCAGACAGUUGGUAGUAUUGACGGAUGCGCCGUCGCUAUGGACACUCUGCCCAAAAGCAACGGUAGCAACUCUCCAUCUAGAGGCGAUGAUGUUAGCGAGUUUCUGUCGUCCAGAAGCGAGGGUGAUGGCGCAAAUCCAAUCGGAUCGUCCAGAAGCGAGGGUGAUGGGGCAAAUCCAAUCGGGCUCUUGAUAACAACUACGCACGAGACGGGCCACUGGCUCGGUCUUGAACAUGUAGAACAAGGAGGUCAGGCGCAGAGACCUGGACGACAUUUAAAUGGGCCAUUUGGACGCCUUUUUGGACGACAAAGAGGCAGCGGCACCGGGAACGUCAUGGAGCCAUUUGUCACGCCAGGAAAACAGUAUGAAUUCAGUCAAGCUCAAUCCCAGCAGAUGCGCCAGGUAGCGCUCCGGCGCGUAAAGGAGAAGCAAGCUCCGAUAAGGGGCCAAAAUUCCCCCCCUAAGACUCCCCAGGGCCCAAAGGGCCCUCAAAUCCCGGAUGGAAAUCCCAGAGGUCCUUCCGGGUCUGAUAAUGGCCCAGUAUUCCCUGGUGCUCCUGGAGGUAACGGCCCCCAGGGCCCGAAUGGCCCUCAAACUCCGGGUCAAAUCCCGGGAAGUCCUUCUGGGCCUGGCAUCAAGCCAGGCAAGCCAGGAUUCCCUGCCGUUCCUGGCUUUCCUGGGGAGAAUGGCUCCGAGGGCCCAACAAACUUCCCUCCAACUCAACCGCAAGGACCUUCUGGGCCUGGUAGCCAGCCAGGCUUCCCUGACGUUUCUGACUUUGCUGGAACCAACGGCCCGGAGGACCCAGGUCUGAACCCAAUUCAGAACACAGAUGAAAACACAGAUCUGGACCUAAAUUUAAUCUCUCGGAUCCUAGACCUUUACGCUGAUCUGAACCCGGGCCAGAACUCAGAUCUCUCUCCAUUUCCGAACCAUAACCCGCAAGGCCCUUCUGGGCUUGGUAGCGGCGAAGAUUUACCUAAAGGCAAGGAUCAAGGCGGCUCUUCUGCCUCGCCGGUCGCAGAACAUCCCAUACCAGACAUUUCCGGUGUGCCGCAGAAGGAACAUGUCCUUGUCCUCCUGGUGUAUGACUACCUAUCUGAAGGCAUAAAGCUGUUGAUUGAGAUACGCAUCAAUUAG